UAUCUAUUUGCCUUUGGUACAUGUAACUAAAAUCGUCAACUACAUGUACAGUGUGUGAAAGUAAUAAAAUAUUUGUAUUGGCUAACGUAACAAAUCUCAGUUCAUAGUACAUGUAUUGUAUAACAAAAAAGAUAAACUGAUAAUAAGUAUAAAAUGUUUUAACUUUAUGGUAUGAUAUGUGAUUUUUAUAUGUAAGUACAUGUAUAUCAUUGUUUUUUGUAUUGAUUAUCAAGGACCAGCUGUUAAGACAGGAGUAUGAAUGGUAGCUUGUAUUAAAAACUUUUCGCUUAUUUACCAUGUUUACAGGCUGCCGCACUUUCAAUAUUGCCUUGUUAAACGAACAUUAGGGGUUUCAUUUUCAUCUGUUGUAGGCAUAAGUUGCAGUCCAAUUCCUAAUUCCAUGUGGAUAUCAUUUGUAUACUUUUAUAAAUAGUUUUAAAAAUCAUGUGCAUGUUUUUUUAGUAAUGAAAUAGGUUAAGCAUCACGGAGAGAUUUGAUUUCAUAUAUACAAAGAUUGCCAAAAAAAAACAUGUGUUAUCUCAAUGUGGGCUUAUUUCAAAUAUUAAACGCUCUGAAACUUUGAUUUAUUUGAUUCGAACUUCUUGUCCUUAUCAUGAUAUACUGUCAUUAAAGAUUUUUCUAUUUUUAGAAUCGUAUGUCAUCAAACCAAUCUGCUUUGGUCUAUUUAUACGAAGUAAAAACAUAUAUAGAGAAUUAGAGAUACAUUCUGCAAUAUGAUAUAUUUAUUGUGCGGAGAUUAAAUAAAUGUAAUAUUUUGAGAAAAAAAAAAUCUUGAAGAAAAGAUAAUCAGAAAUGGCAUCGAGUGAUGAUUUUAAAGCUAUUGAAAUAGAAAUGACGGGCAUGAGUAAAGGACAUAGCAACAUGGAUGAUACAAAUACUUUGCCUGAUUCUGAUUCUGAAGAGUCAGACUUGGACAAAGAAAUAGCUGACACUCAUAUUGAAGGGAUUCAUAAAGGGACAGAAGAGGUUGAUAUAGGGCAGAGCAUUGAACCUGUGACAACACCUAAUGCAUAUAUCGGUAAACGCAACUUCAUACAUCAACUGAUGGACGUGGCUCUGAUGAUGGCGAACGUGUCUCAACUAAAAGCCCUCAUUGCCUCUGACAACAAUCCGCACUAUUACCUGAUAUUAACAUUCAUUUGUAUGUCCAUUACUCUGCAAGUAAUCUUCACAAUCUGUAUGCUCAUCAUAUGGUCAGUUGAAAAAACAUUAGAGAAACAAAUAGAGACGAAACAAAUAGAGACGAAACCCAGUGAAGACGAUCCACAAAUGAAACGAAAGGAAAGAAUUGCAACAUGGCUGGAUAGGACUGGAAGCGUUCUUGUUUUGUUUGUUAUUGUUUCAAAUGUUUUCAUAGCAGGAUUCGGUAUAGAAAGUCAUUAUCACAAUGAAAUAAGCUCACCAGAAUAGUUUUUUUUGUAGGCUUCUGAACUCUAAGGUUUCUCAGCGCUUCAUGGAACAAGGCUGGUGGAAUAUCAUAAAUCCGUAUGGUUGAAAUGUUGUGUUUCAUAUUAUAACAAUGGAUCGUAAGCGCAACAUUUUAUUGUUAAGUAAUUUCUCAAAACCCAUUAAAUACAAAUCUUGUU